CAUGGCAAUAGGAGGGAGAUAGAGUUGUGGUGUCAGGAGAAUUAUGGUGAACCAGGAGCGGCUGAACAUCAACACGGCCACGGAGGAAGAGCUCAUGACCCUGCCCGGGGUCAACCGCCCCGUGGCGCGGAGCAUCGUGGAGUACCGGGACUGCAUCGGGGGCUUCAAGAAGGUGGAGGACCUAGCGCUGGUGAGUGGGAUAGGCGCCACCAAACUGGAGAUUAUUAAAGUGGAGAUCUGCGUGUCGAGUAGGACCAGUUCGUCGCAGCACUCCCCGUCCUCCCUGCGGAGAGACCCGGAGCAUAUGUCCUCCUGCAGCGGCAUGAACAUCAACACCGCCACCCCGCCGCAGCUCAUGAGCAUCCGCGGCAUCACAGAGAAAAUCGCCCGGAACAUUGUCGCCUAUCGGACCCAACACGGCCCGUUCAAGAGCAUCGAGGACCUGGUUCGGGUCGAUCACAUAAACUGCUCCCUACUGGACCAGAUCCGUUUCCAGGUGUUUGUGGAGCGCUCAAGAACUCCGUCCACCAAUACCAACGGCGGGCUGACCUACACGGAUCGGUCCCAUCCGAGCCCGACCUCGUUCAGCCUCCGGAGCGACGACCUCGACCUCCCGCCGGGAGGACCCACGCAGAUGGUGUCCCUGCGGCCCCGCGUAGAACCGGCCCCGGGCCCGCGGGAUGGCCGGGCCGCGGUGCGCCUGGCCACCUGGGACCUUCAGCGCUGCUCCAGUGAAAAGGCCAACAACCCUGGCGUCAAAGAGGUCGUGUGUAUGACCCUACUGGAGAACGAGUGAGUACAACUAACGUGAGGGUUUGCGCUGAACAUGUUGUGUCUUCUUGGGACACGUUGUUUCCUGUGUGUAAACACGUUGGUGUCAGGGGAUUUCAUGUACGAUAACUAAACCGGCUAGGCAACGCAAACUAACAUUCUGAGCCAAACUGAACACAGAGCCCCAGACCUGCAUGUCUACCCUGGGUCUGGACCCCCAG